AUGUCCUGCCGUCGGAUAUCGACGUUGCUCCUUGGACUGUGUGUUACUCCCUUGUCUACUGUUAGCAAUCCCACGAAGCUGACAAACAGUGACCAGCAUCUGUUUUAUGCGUUUGCCGGAAUUGACAGUACAACCUCCAAGAUUAAAACUAUGUAUCCCAAUGACGACCAAUAUAUCCCGGACUUUGUUGCACUGAAGAAGAAGAAGUCGAGCCUCAAGACCUAUAUCUCCGUCGGAGGCUGGGAUCUUGGAGGAGGGAUCUUCUCAGAUAUGGUCCGAUUUUCCGGUACCCGUUCUGCAUUUAUUAACUCCGUGAUCGAUUUUAUGGAAAAGUAUGGGUUUGACGGAAUUGACAUCGAUUGGGAAUAUCCUGCUGCAUCCGACCGCGGUGGACGUACUGCAGACACGGCAAAUUAUGUCUCCCUGCUCAAAGAGCUCAAGGAGGCGUGUGGCGACUCGUAUGGAAUCACAGUAACUCUGCCAUCAUCAUACUGGUAUCUUCAGGGAUUUGACGUUGUUUCCAUGGCCGACUACGUGGACUACUUCAAUUUCAUGUCCUAUGAUAUUCAUGGCACAUGGGACGGCAACAGCAACUAUACGUCCUCCGUGGUCAAUCCGCAUACGAACCUGACCGAAAUAACCGACGGCCUGGAUCUGCUAUGGAGAAAUAACAUCGACCCAGGUAAAGUCACCUUGGGACUAGGCUUCUAUGGUCGUUCGUUUACUCUGAAGGACUCCGGCUGCAACACUCCUGGAUGUGCCUUUGACACAUCUGCGUACAGUGCUGGUGGAGCAGCGCCUGGCGCGUGCACCCAGACCAGUGGGAUCCUGUCCGACUAUGAAAUAAACCGAAUUCUCAAACAGUACAACCCCACAGUCCAGUACGAUGCAGCGGCAGGUGUCAACUGGAUUACAUGGAAUGAAAACCAAUGGGUCUCGUUUGAUAAUGCGAAGACACUGAAGCAAAAGGCCGAUUUUGCCAAUAGCAAGUGUUUCGGCGGUCUCUUCAGCUGGGCCCUGGAUCUAGGGGGACCAGGAUCCCUGGCGAAUCCCAAUGAUUUGGAUCCUUCUGAUACGUCCAUGGAUGGGGCCAUCACAGACGGCGGCAGUGAUGGGACGGGAGCCUUUUACGUUGGCCAGGAAAUCUACAAGUCCGACAGCAAUACUGUCACGGGUAUUGGUCCCAUAAACAUGAUCUUUCCCCCGAGUAGCCUGGCCAGUUCCACGACUCUCUACCCGGGGACAUUUGUGACUCCGCUCGAAGUGGCAUGGCCCACAACUGUCACAGUCACCGUGAACGACACAGUCACAGUCACGACCACGGUCGUGCGCGUGAUUGAGACAACCACCAUCACACUUGACCCGAUCAUUACAGGGGCUAUUCCGUGGUGGAACUGGAACAUUACGUCUCAGAACCAGACAAACGGGUCAACCGUCCUGUUCCCGAGUUUCGGUAUUGGUCCAGUUGUGAUCUCGGAUAACCCCAACCCGCUGAGUUCCAGUGUUGUCUCCCACACUGUGACAUCUAACCGGACGAUUAUCGUGCCUCCAUGGCCGUGGUCCACCACCUCGUUACCGACAACCGUCCCUACCGGACCGACAGUGCACUUCUCCGAAGGCUCACCUCCCAGCCCAACAUGUACGGCAGGAUGCGGGACCAAAUGUACCACUUUCUGCGACGCGCCUUGCAUGCUCGACUGUGACGUGGGCGAUGGUGAAUCGAGUGGCUUUGACGACCCGACAGACCCUGACCCGCCCCACAAGCAGAAGUGUGGUGGGCCCGACUGUAAGAAUGGUGAAUGUACCGGUUCUCUUUGCGUCAUCUUUGGAUGCACAGGAAACGACUGCGAUGCAGAAAACGGUGUUUGCCUGGGGAGCGACUGCGAAGAGACGGGCUGCAUGGGAGAUGGCUGCAGCAAAGGAAGCUGUGAAUCUGACCCCUGCCAGACGGUGGGAUGUACCGGUAGCGACUGUAAUGAAAGUGGAGGCUGCUUUGGAUUGGAAUGUAUCUCCAUAGGAUGCAUCGGGCCAUUGUGCGACACCGCUGACGGAACUUGCAGUGGUUUCGACUGCCACAAGGUCUCAUGCUCCGGACCCAACUGCAAGAAUGGGUUGUGCACCGGUGAGGGUUGUACGAAUGAGGACAAUGACUGCGACGAGGAAGAGGCCGAUAUCUGUACCGAGUUUGUCUACAGCACGUUGGAUACGGCUGUCUCAACAUAUACCACAAUGACGAGCACCUCCUGCGACACAAUCACUGCUUGCUAUGCGGAGGCCACCACCACCACCACGACUAUUUCUGAGGCAUCGACCUACGCCGAGCCAUUCAAGGCAUGGGCGGGCUAUACCGAUACCGCGGUCAUGGCCUCCGUGGCGAGCAAAAUAGAUGCCGACUUCAGAGCGGCGGAAGCUUCAUGGACCACCACAACAACGACUACGACGACCAAAUCUUCUACGACCACUUCGAGCACCUCAACAUCAACGGGGCCUGCUGCUACGUCACUGGAAAACACGUCGCCAGAUGAGGUCAGCUACACGUGCUCCGGGAUGUCUAGAGAGUGUGGUAUUUUCUUGCAUCUUCAUCAAUUCUGCGAUGUAGCCAAGAGCUAUAUCAGAGGGACUGAAGUAUAUGGAACCACCUCCGCCAAUACCAACACGGGCGAGUGUUAUACAGACGGAAAGAAUGCCGGCUUCGGCUGUGGGAUUUUCGUCAAAGGUGACGGCUGUCAAUUACUGGGCACCGCCAUGCAGGCUGCCUACGACCACCUCAUGAAUGCCGAUCUCGGGGGCUGCAAGAUCUGCGGCCAGGUUACCUUCUCCAACGGAUGCAAGAUGCGAGUCGACUAUGUCAGCGGCUGCGGGACGGAGAACAAUGGCCCUGUACAGUUCCUCACGCUGGAUGACAGCGUCGUGUCCACCGCCACCAGUCCCGCCACUCUUGCUUCGGACUCACCGUCGUCCUCGUCUGCAAUCCCCUGGUCAUCGAUCAGCGACGCGACAAUGAUAUCCUCGAGUCAGAUGGCAUGA